AUGUAUUUAAACAGUGCAAGCUCUGAACAGAAUGCGCUGCCAUCGCUUGGAACACAAAAAAAGCUAACAUGGAAAGAACUCGUAAAACAGCAAGCAGACAAUGGCAAGUUGAAGGGUGCUACAUGUGCUGUCUACUCGAAAAAUGUAGAUGAUAUCAUUGAUAAGGAAACUCAAUGUAUUUGUGGCCGUUUACCGCGUCAGCAUAGUUUCACUGGUAAGCCAAAACCAAAAUUUAGGAAUGCUCAAAAAUGGGCAUCGAAGCUUGCCGCUAUAGUGGAUGUGACCCAAUACGGGCAAUUAGAAAAUGGUGCUCGAUUUAUUCGAUGUGAUACAGAAAAUGAUACAUUUGAAACACUUGGUCAAAUUAUUGUCAAAGAUGUGGGUGCCAAACCCAAAUUACUUGUUAGUUGUUAUGGUGGAGCGGAGUAUUUUACCAUGACUGACGAUCUGGAAAGAGAAUUUAUGAAUGGUAUUGGUCAAGUGGCAGCGACGAAAGAUGUGUGGAUAUUAACAACUGGCUUGAAUAGUGGUGUAUCAAACCUUAUUUCUCAGGGUGUUCAUCGCAACAAAUUGUUAAAUGAGAAUAUAUGGAAGCCAAUUGUUAUUGGAAUGAGUCAUUGGGGCACAAUUUCAGAAUACACACGACAAGUUCUCAAGCAGCAGGCUUCAGCAAAUGGAUCAACAGCUUCUCAAGACACAGUAGUAUCUUUGGAUGAAAAUGACACAAAAGCACUUGAUAAGUAUCAUACUCAUUUUCUAUUGCUCGAUGACGGUCGUUUCAAUCAUUAUCUCAAUGAUGAUCCUCGCUCGAAAUUUGUUAAAACAACGUGCGAUCAGGCACAUUGCCAUGCUGUAACGAUCAUUGUCGAAGGUGGUCUAAAUACACUCGAAGUGAUUCAACACGAUUUGAAUGAUCAACGACCAGUAGUAAUUGUUCAUGGAAGUGGUCGCUUGGCAAGUGUUCUCGGUAAUCUGCUCAACAAGGCAGGAAAAACAGCCACCAUCGAGUAA